AUGACACACACUGUGAACCAGGACAAACCCAGCCUCCCCCAAACACCCAUCAACCUAGGCGAUCUACCCGCAGAGCUGACCCUCCAAAUCGGACAACAUCUCGACACCCGCUCCCUCCUCCGCUUCGCAAGAUCCUGCCACUCGCUCUACUCCAUUUGCGACCAAGAAAUCACCCAUCGAGCCCAGGUCGUCUGCCUCGCGCCGCUCCACCAAUACGAGGAAAAUUUCAUCUUUGACAAAGACCAACGGCCUGGCAUCGACGAGCCGGUGUUCAGUCUGCACGCUUCUUAUGGAGUUCCCGCAGGUGAAUUCGGCGCUACUGACGCGGAGGUCCUCGGGAUGGCGGUGGAGAAAGGUGAGCUUGAUAUUGCGCGUGGAUUGCUCCGACGAAAUGUUGAUCCUAAUGCCUAUGUUGUAUCUGGCGAGCGAUUACUCAGUCUGGCGGUCCAGUCUCGAUGCGUUGAUAUGGUGAAGUUGUUGCUGGAGUAUGGCGCCGAUGCGUCGCGACUCGACCUGGUCACGGAAACCAGUCCCUUGGUCCAUGCGGCCAGGGUAAAGGACGACGAGAUCGUUCGGAUUCUAAUCAGCGCGUCGGCGGAUGUAAAUGCCGAUGGAGUAAUGCCGACACUGGCCUUCUACUGCUCUGUUGAGACUGUCAGAACGGCUGUCGAGUACGGUGGGGAUUUGGCCUGCGUCUCGGCAAGUGGAAAGACGGUUUUGCAUAGUGUCGUCGCUCGAGAAGAUGCGAGGCUCUUCGCCUGGGUUCUGGAUCAGAUACCACCUUGCGUUCUCAAUGCUCGAAAUGAUCUGGACCAGACGGCAUUGCAUGUAUCUCUGGGCGAUGAACCCAGAGCUCUUUCGCCAUUCGCUAUGCUUCUGGCCUGUCAUCCUGCGAUGAACGUCGACGUCCAGGAUAUGUGGGGGUAUACGGCGCUGCAUCUGGCCGUGAGAACGGGACGAUUUGUUGUGGCAAAGUCACUGAUCGAAAGGGGCGCGGACCUGAACAUUCUGUCGAUGCACGGAGAGAGUGCUCUUCAUCUGGCUACAGCAUCCAAGUUAGUGUCGAUCGCACGCCUACUGUUGGCACAUGGAGCGGUCCGGUUCAGUGCUGCACCUGCUGAUUCACUGGUUCUCGACUGGCUGGAUGGAUCUGAUGGUCCCGUCUCGAGCGAGUCAUGUAGUGAAGCUCUCCCGCGGGAAUUUCGACGGUCUAUUUGUAGUUCAGACACAAGUCUGAGUAGCAGACGGAGCUCUGGGUCGGAGCAUACUGAAAUCGACUGGGAAGAUGACCUAGCUCAGAAUGCGAUAGGUAGCUGCUGGCGUGGUUCGGGUCACGUAAGAGCCUACUCGUGA